CUCUAACUCUUCAUGCUGUCAUCGCCUGCCCUCCAAAACACAGGUCGCAGCCCCUUCAACUGCAAGUCCAUAAAAAACCUUAAACAAAAACUCUCAGCUUUUAGAGCCAUGCUUCCAGGUGAGAUCAUCUCAGGACUCCACUACUUCGAACCUGAAAUCCCACUUCCAAAUCCCUCCGACUAUGGCUUCAUGCACAACCAAAUCCCCUCCCACCAUUUCAACACCUUGUUCAACAACUUAUCCCGUCAAAUCCCUCCUCCUCCAGGCCAUGACUUCACUCAACAAUCCUCCAGCCUCAGCUACAACUCCAGCACCUCCGACGAUGCUGAAGAACACCACCACCUCAGAGUCAUCGAAGAGAGGAAGCAGAGGAGAAUGAUAUCCAACAGAGAAUCCGCUCGGAGAUCGCGGAUGAGGAAGCAGAAGCACCUCGACGAGCUGUGGUCGCAGGUGGUGCGGCUGAGGAACGAGAAUCACAGCCUGAUAGGCAGGUUGAACAACGUUUCGGAGUCCCGCGACAGGGUUGUGGAGGAGAAUGCUCGGCUCAAGGAAGAAGCUUCCGACCUUCGUCAAAUGCUCACAAACCUGCAGAUUGGCAGCCCUUACAAUAUAAAUGCUUCCACCUUCAGAGAGCUGGAUUCAGAUGUGCCCUGCAUCACGGCCCAUCUCAGAGCCGAAUCCUCGAACCAAUCCAUCGCCGCAUCGGCCGAUUUGCUCCAUUAAGAUAAAUGAGAAUCACUGUUCUUCCAUUAGAACAUUAGCCUACUUUAUGUCCCUUUUGUUUACUCUAAUUGCUAUUCAGUUUUUUAUUA